GACCUGUGAAAAUGUCAACCCGACUAGUUUGUAUCAAUGACUAUGAACAACAAGCUAAAUUGAUACUUCAAAAGUCUGUCUAUGACUAUUAUAGAUCUGGGGCAAAUGACCAGGAAACUUUGGCCGAUAAUGUAGCAGCAUUUUCUAGGUUUCACUGUGUCUGAAUGGCAUUUGUCUUUGAGCUCUGCUGUUUCACCUUUCCUGCAAAGGGUUUCAUCUCUCAUCCUAAACUAGUUUUCACUUGAUUUUCAUAUUUCAAAGCAUAAGAUGGCCAUUGGCAAGUAGCUGCUUUGGAAGUGGAGCAGCUGGGACAUGGAUCAGUACCCAUAUGCUGGCAUCUUGGCUUAACCCAUGGCACCACAAUGCUGGCUCCAGAGAAAUGAUAUCUUUCUAAAAAAGAUGGAAACUUUAUCCACGGAUGCUCCGGAAUGCUGCUGAAAUAGACCUGUCGACUUCUGUUUUAGGACAAAGGAUCAGCAUGCCGAUAUGUGCUGGAGCGACUGCCAUGCAGUGCAUGGCACAUGAGGAUGGGGAGCUUGCAACCGUGCGAGCCUGUCAGUCCUUGGGGACAGGUAUGAUGCUGAGUUCCUGGGCCACCUCCUCAAUUGAAGAAGUGGCAGAAGCUGGUCCUGAUGCACUUCGCUGGAUGCAGUUGUACAUCUACAAGGAUCGAGAAGUCACUAAGCAGCUAGUGCGGCGGGCUGAGCAGAUGGACUAUAAGGCCAUCUUUGUGACAGUGGACACCCCUUACCUGGGCAACCGCUUCGAUGAUGUGCGUAACAGGUUCAAGCUGCCACCACAACUCAGACUGAAAAAUUUUGAAACCAAUGAUUUAGCAUUUUCUCCUAAGGAAAAUUUUGGAGAUACCAAUGGACUUGCUGCAUAUGUGGCUAAAGCAAUAGAUCCAUCUAUCAGCUGGGAAGAUAUCAAAUGGCUGAGAGGACUGACAUCACUGCCAAUUGUUGCGAAGGGCAUUUUGAGAGGUGACGAUGCCAAAGAGGCAGUUAAACAUGGUUUGGAUGGGAUCUUGGUGUCCAAUCAUGGAGCUCGACAACUGGAUGGGGUACCUGCCACUAUUGAUGUUUUGCCAGAAAUUGUGGAGGCUGUGGAAGGGAAGGUGGAAGUCUUCCUGGAUGGAGGUGUGAGAAAAGGCACUGAUGUUCUGAAAGCUCUGGCCCUGGGUGCCAAGGCUGUGUUUGUGGGGAGACCAAUCAUAUGGGGAUUGGCUUUCCAGGGGGAGCAAGGUGUCCAAGAUGUCCUUGAGAUACUAAGGGAAGAAUUCCGGUUGGCUAUGGCUCUGAGUGGGUGCCAGAAUGUGCAAGUCAUUGACAAGACAUUGGUGAGGAAAAAUCCUUUGGCUGUUUCCAAGAUCUGACACUGCACAAUAUUUUCCCAUCUGUAUUCUUUUUUUCAGCGUGUAUUACUUGACAAAGACACACUGUGCAGACGGUGACCACAGUCUGUAAUUCCCCACUUCGAUACAAAGGGUGUCGUUCUUCUCCAACAAAAUAGCAAUCCCUUUUAGUUCAUUGCUUUUGACUAUUCAAUGGGUGUCCUAGGAACCUUUUAGAAAGAAAUGGAUUUGCAUCCUGGAAAUAUAUUAACUGUUAAAAAGAAAACAUUGAAAAUGUGUUUAGACAACGUCAUCCUCUGGCAGGCUGAGGCGCUGGAAAACAAAAGAUAUUCUUUGGUAAAAUUAGAAGUAGUGAACACUUAGGUAAAGAUAAUGAUUUCACUGUUUGUUACCUGCAUUGUGUUUAGACAAACUUAAAACAGUGAUUCUUUAAUUGCAGCUCGGGCUCAAAAUGUUAGAAAUGCCUACAAAUAUAGGAAUUUUAGAUAGAAUUGGCAUGGGUGGUAGUAAUUUGUGAUUUUCUAGAUACCUUUUUAACACCUUGAGCGAUGCUACUCCUUUCAAUGUAGCCUCCAAUCACAUGUUUAGUAUCUGAAAGAAAUAAAGCAUUUUGAAAAAAGAA